UGACAGUUACAGUUUACUCGUUGAGCACACAUAAUGGUUGUUGCAUUUGCUGGAACUUAAUUAUUGUUUAAAAUCAAAUAGGUUUCUGCCAUCAUAACACUAAGCGCUAAAUAUCGAAGAUCGAUAAUCCUAUGAUCGAUUGCUUAGAUUUUUUGAGACAAUUCAAAAUUGAAUCUAAUGGUAUGACAUCGUUUUACGAUAACUAUGAUUAUUACAAAAAAAUGCUGCAGUUGCAGGAGAGAUUACGAAAAAGCGAAGAAGAAAGGAUACGGUUGGAAGAGAGAUUUAAAACACUGAUGCAAGAAUCUCGUAAUAGGGAAAGGAGAAGAAAAGGACACAAUUGACCGCAGUAGAAGUUACGAAAAUUUUAUGAAUGUACAUUUGAAAACAAUUUAAGAUUACUUAGUUUAGAAAAAGUGUUGGAAUAGAAAUGUCUAAUCACGUUUUAUUUGCCCAUGUUAGGACAAAGAGACGGUUCUAGGUUAGGCUUUUCUAGUUCUCUCAAGGUCAAAGGCAAGUGGUGGGGGACUCUGCUUUGCAGUGCCUUUCCCCAUUACCAAAAGAAGUCUACAUUACACAUAGGUGUAUACUUACAUAUAAUGCACAAUAUGAAGAUUACCAUCGUCAAAUGUAUGCAAUUCAUAGUCUACCAGAAAAUACUAUCGAUGGCAUCGAUAGGAUGAAAAGCGAGAACAGGAAUUUAAAAAGAAAUAUCACUGUGAAACGUUUAUCUCCUGAAGUAAAAGAUAGACCAUCGUCGCAAAUGGUUUGGUUGGAUCAUAAAACGGAUCAAAAUUUAAUUGAUGGGAUAAAGAAUAAGAAUUAUAAUGAUGAGAAGCAUGGGACGCAAUUAAAACCCCUAAAUCAACAAAUCAGUGAUAAUCAAAAUUCGUUACAAACACGUCAAAUAACUCAAGAAAAUGGCAUUCGGAGUCCAUCGUUUCAGAAUUCGCCGGUACAACAUCUUCAAUAUAAACUCCCGUAUUGUCAAAUAGAUUCUGAUUUGUACGUUUCACGACCAUUAUCCAAUCUUCCUCUGAAUUCGUUAAGCGGACAGAAUUUAUCGUAUUUGGCUAAAUCUCCGAUAAAGCGAAUGGAAACGAUUCAAGUGGCGCCGUCGCGAUGCAAGUUGUUGGAUGUAUCCCAAAAUCAAUCCAGAUCAGAAAUUUCACGAGAUUAUGUUAAGCCAACAGUAACCAUGCACUCUCUUCGACUAGAAAACAAUAAAAUAUUGAAUGAUACUCGUUUGCGGCUAAACAACGUUGACGAAGUAAAUUAUAGAUCUACGCCAGUAAUUAUCGAACAAAAUGCGCCAAGUAUAUCGUUCACGAAUCCAAUAUUUAAUUUACCUACGCGUUCCUUCAAAAGUUACUUGAGUUCUUCUUUGAAAAAUAUUGCUCGUCCGCGAAAAUCUGUUAGCAAUAGUUCUAUGCGCUCAGUGAUGACUUCAAAAGAUUUAGAUACAGACGUUUUAUCAGAAAAUGAAGAAGUACAAGAAAACGAAAGCAGAACAACAACAAUAUUGGAGAAUGAACUAGACAAGUACAUUGCUAAGCUUGACAAAUUACAUCGUGAUCAUGAUAUUCAAAGUUCGAAAGAAGUUGAUGAAGAACAAAGUACAAAUAUUAGCGCCUUAAAUGAAACAUUGUUAAAUAAUGAUCGACAGUUGUAUACUGAAAAUCAAUCAAAUGAAAGUUUUCCUAAAGAUAUUGAGAAGGUUUUUGCGUUGGCGGAUGAUCUUGCAUCUAGAACAAUAGAUCUGAAUGAUGUCAAUGAUUUUGAAGAAGAAUGUGGGAAUAAAAUUGAAAAUCUUAGGUCGACUCAAAUUACGAGUAAUAAUAUUCCAGUUUCAGAAAAAAACGUCCUAUAUUCGAACACGGAUGAAGGACACGAAACAUCGGUAGCGAAAGAUAAAAUUAACAUUGAUACUGCGUUGCAUGAGCCAAAAUUAGGUUCACAUGAAGAUAUUGAAAAGUCUGAGAAACGGAAUUUUAAUAGUAUAAAUAACAUGCAUGCGCCGAUGCAACAGGAACAACCACUUAAAUUGCAAGAAGACGAAAAUGUUGAUUCGAUCGAUUUACCAAAUGAUCAGUUCAUGAAACAGAAUGAUAAUAAUUUACAUGAUGAGGAGAAUUACAAAGAACAUGAUACUUAUGUUUCAAAGAAACCGCAAAACGAUCAAUAUUUCUCUGAUAUCGCUGAAGAAUUAAAACCACAAAAUUUAGAUUCUGCUCACAAACAGGAAGAUGAAAUAGAGUUAACUGAAAAAGCUGAAGAUAAAUUUGGCGAAAGUAACAUAAUUAUCAAUGAUUCUGAAUUUAAUCAAGAAAAUGUUACUGAUGUUGAAACAAUAAAUGAAAUAAAGCUUGGGGAAAGUCAACUAGAAAAGCAGGAUUCUAAACAGGAAACAAAUUUGGGUAACACAAAUGAUCAAUUAUAUCUAGCAAAUAAUGAUUAUUCUGAAUUAGAAAAAGACACUGUAGACAAUUAUGAAAAUGAAUUAAAUGAGGUUUCUGUUUUGCCUGAUAAGAAAUUGGAAUAUGAAGAUUAUUAUAAGAACAAUGAGAAUAUCACAGAAAAUCAAGAAUUAGGUAACUAUGAAUAUACUGAACAGAAAGAAUUUGAUAAUGUACAAGAAGAAGAAUGCUAUGAUACAAAUCAAAUAUCUGAUAUAAAUCAAAAUAAUACAGAAGAAAUGAUAAUGCAAGAUAAAGAUUAUAAUGAAGAUUCUAAUCAAGACCAAAAUUAUAUGCAUGAUUUUGAAACACAACAAUUUAAAUCAAAUGAAGAAUACAAUUAUGAUCAAAAUCCUUCAUAUGAAAAUAAUCAAGAUCUAAAUUAUGAUCAAAAUGUGUCUCCUGAUGGUAAUCAGCAGCAGGAGUAUACAGAAUACAUACAAGAGUCAAAUGAACAGUCUGAACCUGAAAAUCAAUAUGAACAAGUUUCUAAUGUGCAAAAUGAAGAAAAUUUAAAUCAACAGUAUCCAUCUUAUGAACAACCUAAUGCAGACCAAGCUGCUGACAAAGGAGCAAUUGAAACUGAUGAUCAGUCUGUUGAAUACAUGGGUAAUGAUAAUUUUAAUCAGUCAGAAAUUAUACAAGAAGAUGAAGAUAAAGAGGGUUGUAAAUAUGAACAAUCACAACAAGAAGAAAGCAAUCAGAAAGUAGAAGUUUCAGAAACAUUUAACAUGCCCCAAAAUAAAAAUGUAAAACCAAUAGCUGAAAAUGAAUCAAACCAAAAGAAGGAUGUAAUAAAAUCUUUAUUAGAUUCUGACACAGACAGUACAAUUGAAAGGAAUGUUUCAAAUGCAGAAAGUGAUUUUGAUUUUAAUUGAAAUGCAAAAAAUUUGAAAGCAAUUUUGAUUGAAAUUUGUUUAUAGCUUCAUAUAAUUGUUACAUUUUCCUUUUUAUUUUUUUAAUGCCAAAUUAGAUGUGCUCAUAAGCAAAAUAAGGCAAUUUUGUAAUAGUAUUGAACACAUCUUUAUUUCUUCCAAAUAAUAUUGCAGUUUUAAUAUAUAGGGUACCCUAUAAUAUGUUAAACCCACUUUAAGAAUUCAGUCAGUGAUUGAAAAGAGCAAAGAAAGUUCAUAUAUUCCAACAGACCUUAUUUACAAACUAAAGCAGUACAUUUUAUGUUGUAUCAUUUGAUAUUUGAUUCCUUUUACAAAAGAUGAUUUCAAGGUACAUAAAACAUGCUUGUAUGAUAAUAUGAAGAACAUCAAAAGUCUUUAGAAAAAGUGGUAUUAGUAUCCUUUAUUAGAGUGCUUAUAAUUCAAAAUUCACCAUAAACAAAUAGGACAUAUUUUAUAUGAAAUUUUUUUAUUGUUUUCAAUUUCUAAAGUGAGUCCUACAUAUUAUGAAACAUCCAAUAUACAACAUAUAUAAAUGAAAAUCUGAAAGGCAAUUUAUAUUUUUUUUAUAAUUUCGUAAGAAACUACUAUUUUUCAGUUUAUUUAAAAACCAGUCCGUCCAUGAUUAAAUGGUAGAGAUUUUCAUAAAAUCGAACAAUACCAGCAUGCGUCAAUUCUACAGCGCACAUUUCUUGCACGUAGUUAAAUUAUAAUGUUAGAACAUUUUUAAGGCCGAAGAUGAAACAUUUAAUUCAGAUGCUUCUAAAAUAUUUUUAUGUUUAUUGUACACUAAAUAAUUUUACUAUAUUGUACA